AUGGGCUCGAUUGAUGGAUUGACUGCAGAGCAGAAAGCAAACCUAAGUUCGAUGGGUUAUGCGCAUACAUAUAUGGAUAUGGACGGGCUUAACCUGACCCUUCUCAUGGCCUGGCCCAGCGAUGCGGAGAUGCGCCUGGACUCGCAAAAUGCCCUUACAGAGGCCACGGAGUUGUUGCGUCUGCUGGGUAUCGAUGGUCAUGCCAUGCUAGCAAAACAUGUUGAACCUACCCCUCCUAAACCACCCAUCGUCAUUUCCCGUCCUCCGCAAACCUUGGUUGCAUUGUCGUACCUCUCUACGACUCGCAGAUUCCUUGCUGCCUUGCCUGACUCUACAGAUGCAUCUCUGGACAUACUUCGCUCAGAUAUUCAAUCUCAUUUAGCCACCACAAUGACUUCAGCCAACAACGACUUCUCUGAAUCGGAAGCUAUACCGUCAAUAAACGAGGCGCUUGUACUGGUCGUAAAACAAGGCUCCCGUACUGCAUUCGCUGCGCGGUCAAUUCGGCGACAUGGACGCUUAUCGACCAUCCUCUCGAACCCGAAAUCUCCCAUCAAUGAAGACAACAAGCCUUCACUACGCGACCGUCUCAAAGCGAAAUUGGACGCUCUUGCUCCGGGCUUCCUACCAGCUAAUAAGACAACUGGUGCUGGCCGACAGGUUCGUCACACUGGUAUGUUUCACUCACAAGAGGGUGGAGCUCGUGCUGCCAAUAAGGAAACCGUCAAGAAGGUUGCUGCCUCUAAUUUCCUUCGCCUACGUGGCCAAGCUCUACAAGGCCAUAUGUAUCUCCACGAGAGUGUCUGCAACGCAAACAUCACACCAUAUAAUCCUCUCAAAGCAGGUCAUUUUCUCAUCGCCUUUCAUCCACACUGUGGUGGGAUGGUUAUCGGAGAAGUAAUCACAAUGUACGAGAAAAGCACCAUGCACGACUGGGUUUCUCACAUCGACAAUGCUGGCAAGCCAUCUUACCUCUACAUUAUGACCUAUACUGGACUGACCGCAAAACAAUUUUGGCUUGCUCUCCUCCAUGACAUGCUCCACGUUGAAGUGCCCGACCAUUUUGCAAAUCCCCCGAACCCACAUCGUCUUCUCCCUUGCAUCGUAUACCAACAGCAUCUCACGCAAUAUCUAUCUUGA